CCUUCCGUUUCAUCACCUUCCUUGUUCUUCUCUCUGCGCGUCGGACCGGAGUUUGAGUUUCGCCGGGGUUGUCGCCGGAGUUCUACAAGGAUCAGCCGGAGUUUAAUUUGUCAAUUGAGGGGUUAUGCGUGCCCGUAUUGAUCGUGACAAAACCGUGGAUUUCUUGCUUGGAUUGGAUGAUGAGCAGUUUGGGAAUAUCCGGUCUCAGAAUAUAUGCACUGAACCGGUGCCCGAUCUCGACCGUGUGUAUUUCUUGGUUACCCAGGAGGAGCGCCAUCGCCAUAUAGUUCGCACAAGGGACGAUCGCACGGACUUCGUUGCCUUUGCUGCCCGAUCCGACAAACGUCCUCCCGUUCCAAAUAGGUCUUGUUCGCAUUGUGGUCGUACUAAUCAUAGCGUGGAUACAUGUUUUGAGCUCAUUAGUUUCCCAGCCCAGUACGCUCGUGGUGGAGGACGGGGUCGCGGCAGUGGCCCCACAGGUCGGGGGGUUCGGCGUCCGGCGGCCGUGGUUCUACUCGGCACGGCAGCGCCCCUCACACCCCUGCCGGCAGUGGGCAGCCGGUCCAGGGCAGUAGCGGGCGGGCCUCCUGCAGCUGUUCAUGCUUCGGUGUCUGACUCAAGCGGCAACCUCAGUGAUCAAAUGUCUCGCUUGAUGUCUAUGUUAGAGGCAUCCGCCUCUCAUGUAUACACCGUUGAUUUCGUCGCUCCUCCCACCCCCGUUACCACUGCCGUACCAGCUCCCCAGCCACUGGUACAGUCACCCGUCACCCCCACUGUCCUGGUGACAACCCAGCAGCCUGCCCAGCAACCGUCUACGUCUCCAUCUCCGUCACCCUCUUUGUCCCCUUCUUCGGCCAGCACCCCCGUCCCCUCCGACGACGACGACACCCCAAUAUUUCUACAGCUUCAUUCAUAGCACCUCUAUGAGCAGUUUCUGCCCCCAUAAAAUUUGUUUGCGCAUGUAGCGACAAAUAGUCUACUAUUCCCUGCCUUUCUAAGUUUGAAAGCUUUUUUGUCCUUUUCUCUUGUGUGUUUUAGGAUUCUCUUUGUAGUGUUUGUGUAGGACUAGAUGGAUCCACUCCUGAGGUCGAAAUUUCCAGUAGCAAAUGCAAAAAGAAAAAUGGUCUCAGAUG